AUGUUUGAAAUGGUUCUAGUUAUCGUCCCAAUCUAGUUUCAGAGCGUUACAGUUUUCGGAAAUGUGUUUUUCCAUUUUUUUUCUAUUAUUUUCGUACUAAGGGUAGUUUUUAACACACUCUGACGGCAGGUAAGGGGUUGUCCUUUGGAGGGAAUGUUGAAAUGUUUCUAGUUAUCGUCUGAAUCAAGUUUCAGAGCGUUACAGUUUCGGAAAUGUGUUUUUCCAAUUUUUUUCUAUUAUUUUCGUACUAAGGGUAGUUUUUAACACACUCCGACGGCAGGUAAGGGGUGAUCCUUUGGAGGGAAUGUUUGAAAUGGUUCUAGUUAUCGUCUGAAUCAAGUUUCAGAGCGUUACAGUUUUCGGAAAUGUGUUUUUCCAAUUUUUUUCUAUUAUUUUCGUACUAAGGGUAGUUUUUAACACUCCGACGGCAGGUAAGGGGUUGUCCUUUUGAGGGAAUGUUUGAAAUGGUUCUAGUUAUCGUGUUAAUCAAGUUUCAGAGCGUUACAGUUUUCGAAAAUGUGUUUUUCCAAUUUUUUUCUAUUAUUUUCGUACUAAGGGUAGUUUUUAACACACUCCGACGGCAGGUAAGGGGUUGUCCUUUGGAAAGAAUGUUUGAAAUGGUUCUAGUUAUCGUCCCAAUUAAGUUUCAGAGCGUUACAGUUUUCCGAAAUGUGUUUUUCCAAUUUUUUUCUAUUAUUUUCGUACUAAGGGUAGUUUUUAACACACUCCGACGGCAGGUAAGGGGUUGUCCUUUGGAGGGAAUGUUUGAAAUGGUCCUAGUUACCGUCUGAAUCAAGUUUCAGAGCGUUACAGUUUUGGGAAAUGUGUUUUUCCAAUUUUUUUCCAUUAUUUUCGUACUAAGGGUAGUUUUUAACACACUCCGACGGCAGGUAAGGGGUUGUCCUCUGGAGGGAAUGUUUAAAAUGGUUCUAGUUAUCGUUUUAAUCAAGUUUCAGAGCGUUACAGUUUUCGGAAAUGUGUUUUUCCAUUUUUUUUACAAUAUUUUCGUACUAAGGGUAGUUUUUAACACACUCCGACGGCAUGUAAGGGGUUGUCCUUUGAUGGGAAUGUUAGAAAUGGUUCUGAUGAUCGUCCCACUGAGUUUGAUGGUGUUACAUUUCUCCGAAAUGUGCUUUUCGAAUUAUUUUAAUAAUAAGGGUUGA